AAAACCUCGAACCACUGUACCAGAUACAAAACAUGGUAAUAUUUUGUCACUCAUUUCACGCAUUUGUGUUUCUCAGAUUUGUGCCGUAAAGUAAUUUUGAUAAGCGGAUAUAUGACGUUACAGUAAAUGAAACAAAUAUAUUCAAUGUUUCUUAAUUAUUGGGAAUACUGAUAUAACUGUUAGAGUAAAUAUUUUAUUCAUUAUAAAAUCACUAUUAAUUCUCGAUUUUUUUUUAUAAUACUACGUGGCGAUGAGAACAUAAGGAACUAGUUAAUUUGUACAUAUGUAGCUUUUUUAAUAGCUACUUUUAUCUGCGAAUGAAUACAUAUAAAUGACAAAUAUUUGUACAGUACUACCAAUAUAAACGUAAUACUAUUAUAUGUUGUUCAAAGAUAUAUCAUAUUUUACGUUUAUUAAGUAUGAUAAUUUAAUGAUUUUCAUAAAUUUUAAAUAAUUACAUAAAGCGUGCUGAGUUCGUUAGAUAAAUUGAAAUAAAUAUGUCAGAAAAGAAACCAAAAGUAAUUGUUUUUGAUUUAGACUAUACAUUAUGGCCUUUUUGGGUUGAUACACAUGUAACACCCCCUUUUGUAAAACGGAAAAAAGAUGAAAUAGUAGAUGCACAUGGUCAGAUUAUACAUCAUUAUAAAGAUGUACCUGAUAUAUUAAAGAAAUUGUCAGAGGAAGGAUAUGAGCUUGGCGUAGCAUCACGCACUUCAGAGAUUAAAGGUGCUAAACAAUUAUUGAACUUACUAGAUUGGGAAAAAUAUUUUAAAUAUAAGGAGAUAUAUCCCGGUUCCAAAACAACUCAUUUUUCACAGAUUAAAAAAUUGUCUAAUGUCGAGUAUAAAGAUAUGAUGUUUUUUGAUGAUGAACAACGAAACAUAUCUGAUUUAAAUAAAAUAGGAGUGUUGUCUAUAUUAGUUAAAAAUGGUAUGACGCAUGAAGUUAUAGAUCAUGGAUUGAAAAAGUUUUCCAAAUUAUAAUUAUUGUAUAAUUUAAAACAUAAUAUUGUAAAUAAUACUAUAUAUACACUUUUUAAGCAGCAAUUUAUAUGUUAUAUAUAACUUUAUUCUUAUAGCAUAAAGUAUAUGAUAUAAAUAUGUUAAUUGCAUCAGUUCAAGAAAAUAUAAUAAUAUAAAUAUUCUUUUACUGUAUGUUUUAUAAAAUGUAAUUAAUACAAAUUAUUUGCCAUUGUAUAGUAUUGUAAUGGACUACUAACAAUGACAUCAUCAUCGCUAUUUUUAUGUAUCAUUUUGAAAUAAGUUGUACAUAUUAUUUCUGGCUUUUGCAAAGGCAUAAUUUUAAGAAAUUUAUCUAUUUCAUCUUUUGUUAAUGAAGUACUCAAAAGAUUAGUAAGCCUAUCUGAAUCAAAAUUUUUAAAUGGGCAACCUCCUUCAUAUGUAGGUCCUGGAAUUUGUGUCUAAAAUUGAAAUGAAUAUAUUAUUAAAAAAAAAAUUACUUCUAACAUAGUUUAUAAUAGAAUAUAGAACAUUAAUUAAAUACAUACACACAUAACAGUA